AUGGCUCUCCCGAAGCGCAUUAUUAAAGAGACAGAACGGCUCAUGGCCGAGCCUGUCCCAGGAAUCAGUGCUGUUCCCCACGAGGACAACCUCCGUUACUUCGAUGUCCAGAUCCACGGCCCUGCUCAGUCUCCCUACGAAGGUGGGGUCUUCAGCCUCGAGCUCUUCCUCCCCGAUGACUACCCCAUGACACCUCCCAAGAUUCGAUUCCUUACCAAGAUCUUUCACCCAAAUGUCGACAAGCUUGGCCGCAUCUGUCUUGACGUCCUCAAGAACAACUGGUCUCCCGCCCUCCAGAUCCGAACCAUCCUGCUCUCGAUCCAAGCUCUUCUCGGUGCCCCCAACCCUGAUGACCCUCUCGCUGCGGACGUUGCCAAGAGCUGGAAGGAGGACGAGCAGGCGGCUAUCGCAACCGCCAAGGAAUGGACCGCUCAGUACGCGCGACCCUGA